GGGUCUGUCACAGCAAUGGGAUGGGGGGGGCAGGAACCUUCCUGCAGCCCAUUUGCUGCAUCCAGUGUCAGAGAUCACUGGUGUAGCCGAUUCCCCUCUGACAUUGCCCUUUCUUGUGUCGUUCGUGUCUGUUUUCUUCCAGAUGCUGGCUACCAACACCCUCAGGAUUUCUGCAGUGAAUUCCACGGUCCCCCAACUGCCUGCACCCUGGAGUAUCGCCCGGUGUGUGGCAGUGAUGGCAACACAUACGGCAACAAAUGUGCCUUUUGUGCAGAAGCCUUGAAAAAGCCCGGCACCCUUUUCUUUGCAUACUGUGGGGAAUGCUGACUCCUCAGGGGCACCGAACGCGGACAGGAGCUGAGCCCCGUGUGCUGUUCGCUCCCACGAGCAGAGCCCCGCGCGGAGCCUCGUUCCCGUCCCGCCUCCAUGGCCUGGCCCCCGGCAGCAUCGCUGCCCAUCCCCCUGCCUGCGCAAUAAAGGAAACUCCGUGAAA